UUCCUGAGCUUGAACCGAAACCGGACGACCGACAACAGCAUGCGUCUGUCCAGGUAAAGAGCCAUUUUAAUGAGGGACGAAGCAGUUAUAAUGCGACAUCGCUGUGCCUGCAAACGACACAUCGGUUUGUCAGUGGAUUUCUGCUUUGUUUUAUUUUAUUUAUUUUUAUUUUUAGCCAUAAUACUGACAGUCAUCGACACUGUAGCUUGCUAAGGUUAGUUAGCUGACCGUUAACCGCAUCGACGGCUGGUUUGGGUCAACAGACGGUUCCGGUUCUUGGUCCCGUUACUGAAAGUGUUGAUCCAGCUAGCUAACGUCAAGCUCAGGUAUUUAGCUGUGUUUCAUCUUCAUCUCCACAACGCAGACCCAGGCCGCUCCUCUUCACUUUCUCCCCGGCAGCAAGCAAGCUAACGUAACCUCAAAAUACAUGUCCUUACAGAUGAUUGAGGCUGGACCGUGUAAGGGUUGGAAGUUACAUGAAGAGGAGAAAGCGGGGUUACUCUCAAGCCUGAACAUUUUUUCCAUCUUCCUCCAUCUGGCCGUCACUAUCUCAGAUCGGUGCUCAUUCCCUCUCUCUUCGAAAACAUGCUGUGUUGGGGGAACGCAAAGGAUGGACAGUUGGGUAUUGGUGUGGAGAGGAACCCUAUGUUUGAGCCAAGGAACUGUCAUGUGUUCAGCGGCAGGGGACUGAAAGAGGUCGCCUGUGGAGGGCAACACUCAAUGUUCCUGCUGCAUGAUGGUAGUGUGUACACGUGUGGUUCUAACAGCUGUGGACAGCUGGGCCACGACAAACCAGGGACUCCCCCAGAGCUGGUGGGAGCUCUGGAUACUCAGAAGAUAACAAUGGUGUCGUGCGGUCGGGCCCAUUCUAUGGCGGUGAAUGAGCAGGGUCAGGUGUUUGCCUGGGGAGCUGGUGAAGGCGGACAGCUCGGCCUGGGCUCUGUGGAGGCGGCUAUUCGAAUCCCAAGGUUGGUCAAAAGGCUGUGUGACCACCGGAUCUCUCAAGUAAUGUGUGGGAAUCAGCACUGCAUUGCACUUUCUAGAGAUGGCCAGCUGUUCACGUGGGGCCAGAACACCAGCGGUCAGCUAGGUCUGGGGAAAGGAGAGCCCAGCAAGCUGUUCCCUCAUCCCCUCAAGUCUCUGGCAGGAAUUCCUUUGGCAAAAAUUACCGCCGGGGGAGACCACAGCUUUGCUCUCUCCUUGUCUGGAGCUGUAUUUGGUUGGGGCAAGAACAAAGCUGGACAACUGGGUCUCAAUGAUAAACAAGAUCGCGCUGUCCCGUGCCACAUCAAAUUUUUGAGGUCUCAAAAAGUUGUUCACAUCAGCUGUGGAGAUGAACACACGGCAGCCCUCACAAAGGAUGGUGGCUUGUUUACAUUUGGUGAUGGCUCAUGGGGUCAGCUGGGUCAUGGCUCGAACAAUAAUGAACUUUUACCCAGACGAGUGCUGGAACUCAUGGGCACUGAGGUGUCCCAGAUCACCUGUGGCAGACACCACACGUUGGCAUUUGUGCCCUGCACUGGUGUGGUGUAUGCGUUUGGAUGUAACGGCCAUGGCCAGCUGGGCACAGGAAUCCUGGGGGAUUCCAGAAGUCCAUUACCUGUCAAGGCCAGUUUCCUGACUGGAAAUUUCCACAGAACAGAAUCAAAACAAUAUGCAGUGACCAAAAUCAUCUGUGGAGGAGACCAUAGUUUCUUAUUGUACACUAAUGAACAGAGUUAUGUCCCCCCCGAAGACUUCAGAGUGAUUAAUAUCAGUAAAUCAAUCUCCCCAAUCAAUUAUGAAAGAUUAAACUCAUGGAGGCAAAAGCUGAUGUACAGCACGGACUCUAGUGUCACAAAUGACAUCAUUAUUCAACUCUCCUCUACGGCUUGUUGGAACGCCAGCUUCUUGGACCAAAGUGAUGAUACCCACUUCAAAACCAACCCGAAGAUCCCAGGCAUCGAUCUUAACUCUGUCAGAAUGCUUUUUGAGACGCUCAGCAGACCGGCCUUCUCUGGACUUCUGGAGCAGGCCACCAAGAGCUUUGAGAGUCUGUUGAUCCCUCAGCUGCCGCGCUCCCCUCCUGACGUUGAGGCCAUGAGGAUCUAUCUCAUCUUGUCUGAGUACCCGGCCCUGCUGGACUCCAAGAAUUACAUCCGCCUCACUAUCCCCCUGGCAAUGGCUAUCCUCCGGCUAGACGCCAACCCCAGCAAAGUAUUGGAUAACUGGUGGUGUUUUGUUGACGACAGUGUGUUCAUAAGAAUGGUCGACAUGUACAAGAGCAUCGUUGUGUUCAUGCUAACGGGAGGCAAGACGCUGCUCGUACCGGUGUUCUACGAGAACUAUUUCGUUGCCACUCUGAGGCUGCUGGAGAAACUCCACAAGGUAAACUUAAAGGCCCGCCAUGUGGAGUACAGCCGCUUUUAUAUCCCUGACAUCACCAGCCUGGUGGACAUCCAGGAAGACUACCUCAAAUGGUUUCUGAGUAAAGCUGAGAUUAAAGUGGGAUCAUCCUCCCCUUCACAGAGUGAUUUUCCCUCAGUGAACCUUUGUGCCUACCCGUUCAUACUGAACGCUCAAGCCAAGACAACGAUGCUGCAAACAGAUGCUGAACUGCAAAUGCAGAUGGCAGUCAGCGGUGCAAACUUACACAAUGUCUUUAUGCUGCUCACGCUGGAACCCCACCUUGCUAGGAACCCUUACUUGGUGCUCCAUGUGCGCAGGAACCAUCUAGUAAGCGACACACUUCGUGAGCUCACCAUGUACUCUGAUGUGGACCUCAAGAAACCCCUCAAGGUGAUCUUUGAUGGAGAGGAGGCCGUUGAUGCAGGUGGAGUAACUAAAGAGUUCUUCCUGCUGCUGUUAAAGGAGCUGAUGGAUCCGGUGUAUGGGAUGUUCAGUCAUUACAAAGAGUCCAACCUGUUGUGGUUCUCAGACAAAUGUUUUGUUGAGCAGAACUGGUUUCACUUGAUCGGGAUCAUCUGCGGUCUGGCCAUCUACAACUCCACAGUGGUGGACCUCCACUUCCCCCUGGCUCUCUACAAGAAGCUGCUCGAUGUAUCACCGACGCUGGAGGACUUCAAAGAGCUCUCACCCACCGAGGCCAGGAGUCUACAACAACUUCUAGACUAUGAAGGAGGUGAUGUGGAGGAGACGUUUCUUCUAAACUUUGCUAUCACCAGGGAGAACUACGGGAUGACAGAAGUCAAGGAGCUUAUCCCUGGAGGAGAGAGCAUCAGCGUGGACAAAAACAACAGGAAGGAGUUUGUGGAGGCCUACCUGCGCUACGUGUUCUCAGACUCUGUGAGUGAGCAGUACUCGGCCUUCUCCGCUGGCUUCCUGAAGGUGUGCGGGGGGGAGAUCCUGUCGCUGUUCCAGCCCUCUGAGCUGAUGGCCAUGGUGGUCGGCAACAACAACUACAACUGGGAGGAGAUGGAGAAGAAUGCUGUUUACAAAGGGGAAUAUACAGCCACUCAUCCAACAGUCAGAUUGUUCUGGGAGGUUUUCCACGAGUUCCCUCUUGAGAAGAAGAAGCAGUUCUUAUUGUUCCUGACCGGCAGCGACCGGAUCCCCAUCCACGGCAUGGAGAGCAUGCGCAUCGUCAUCCAGUCCACAACAGCGGAGGAGCACUACCUGCCGGUGGCCCACACCUGCUACAACCUGCUCGACAUGCCCCGCUACCAGACCAAAGAGAUCCUGCGCCGCCGCCUCACACAGGCUGUGGAGCAGUACGAGGGCUUCAGCCUGGUCUGAGGACGGGAGAUCUGCAGCAGUCUUAAUGCACUUUAACAGCAAUACACCACCAUGUCAGUGUCAAAAGAGUGUAAUGGGGGACCUCGGGACACAGAAAGGAAACUCUCUUUUUAUGCUCUUACAAGAUUAAGCGUCUUGAAACCUGAAAGGUCUAUGUAUGUAAAUGCAGAGUAUUAUUGUUUUUAUUGGUUUGAGCAAAGUUUCUCAACCUUUUAAGGACAAUUUGGAAGAUAUUUUAAAGGCCGCUGUGAAAUGUUUAAUUGAAAUAUAUGACAUUCCUGAAAUUAAAAAAGAAAAAGAAUACAGAAAAAGGACUUAUAUUCACAUGACAACCUGGGAUCAAAACUAAUUUGGGACCUGAAAUCGAAGACGAGUGAAGGUUGAGAAACACGUUUGGUGUUUGCAUAGUUUUAGUUUGGUCUUUUCUUUGCACAGUUGUGUGUUUUAUAUUCAACUCCUUAAAUUCUAUUUUUCACCUUUAAAUAAUUAUGUUCUUAUAUUGAGACAAUAUAUCUGCUUUUUGUUACUUUUAAUUUGUUAAAUAGAGUGGUUAUUUUUUGACAAAAAUAAAAAAUGUGUAUAUAUGUAUGUAAAUAGCACUUUGAAUAUAAUCUUUACCCGUGAUACUGGGAGGAGUGUUCGCCGCUGAUCCUUUUUAAAUCUGGACACCAGCAUGUCCUCUCUGCCUGAAACUAAAGAAUGACAAUGGCAGAGUGUCCAGCAGGCAGAAGGCUGCAGGGUGAGACAUGGUGAAUAUCAUUUGCAAUCCUUUGUUUCUUCUCCUUUUGAGCUGUGGACCACAGAGCAGCUGACUUUGUCUAGAACCUGCAUUCAACAGUGUUGCCUUCUACAGCAAAACCUACAUGAAAAGCUGAGUUUAAAAGUUGAUUUGUAGUGGUUGUUGUCUGUGUGCAUGUUCUUGAGUGAAAGCAAAAAAAAAAAAUAACUUGAUUGUCAUUUCAAAGGUUAACAUUUUGGGAAAUGGCUUAUUAGCUUUGUGGCGGAGAGUUAGAUGAAAAGAUUCACUUUUAUAUAGAAAAGGUGAAAACAACUAGCAGCCUGUUAGCUGAGCUUUGCACAAAGACUGUAACAACAACUCUAAAGCUCUCUGGUGAAAAUGUUAUAUCUUGUUUGUUUAAUUCGUGAAAACCUUUGUGUAAAAAAUAAUAAUUCGCAUUUUUACAGAGAGUGCUCGACUAUUUCUUGGCUGGGACGGGUGUUACACCGUAUUCUGUAUUCCCAUAAGAUUCUGGUAAAGGAAGGGAAUUUUGGCAAGGUCACCGUAAACGUUUCUUAAUUUAUUUAUUAUUUAUUGCCUACCUUAUUUUGAUAGCUGUUACCUAACAUGGUGCCACACCACAAUGGCAUAAGAAGGUCACACAAUACAGCAUAAGUCUGGUUGCUUGGGAAGUACUGAGAGCCAAGAAUAACUGUCACAUAACCCCCGUCUAACACCACAAAUUGUUUUUUUUACACUUUUUUGUACCGAUGAAACAAAUGAGAUACAACAUGCUAAUUAGUUAGCUUUAACGCUAUGCUAACUCUCCACCACAAAAGGAGUACGCCAACGCUCCCCAAAUGUCCUAUAAAACGUAAUAUAUAAUCAUUCAAAAAUUAGUAAUUGUAAUUAGCUGUUUCCAAGUUGCAGAUACUUAAAUUGUGACAUUUGUGGCAGGACAACACAAUAAGUGCGUAUUUAACAGUGUGAGCAGAUGACUUAUUAAAUACUCUGAAUAUAAACUCA